AUGAGUAGUAUUGUUAAGAAGUCCUCACACUUCGCCCCAAAAGUUAAGAAGAGGGUCACCAGAAAUAAUAAGGCAGCUCAACCCACACCCCCCACAACCCAGGAGUCACAUGCUUCUCCUGAUCCAACACAGAUAACGCAGCCAGAUGAGGCUUCGAUUUCUACACCUCCAACUACGCAGGCCACUGGUGGCCUUACGGAUUUAUCAAAGUAUGAAAUUGCAGCUCCUAGUGAGAAGACUCCUGACGAAAAUACCGAAGACGCUGAAAUCGUGGAUCCCAAAGAUACUUCGAAGGUUACCAAUGAGGAGGUCAUUGAGGAUGAGGGAAGCGAUGCCCAUGAAGACGAUGACAAUGACUAUUUCAAGAAAACGCUAGCAGAAAAGGAAGAAAUUCAAAAAUCUCAGAGAAGAAGAUCUUCCGUUGCUUCCAGAAGAUUGUCCGGUAUCUUCAAUAGAUCAGGAUCUGUAUCCACUCCAGGCUCUGUGGCACCAGAUGGCGACGACGCACAGGCUGCUCCUGUCCAAAUCAUUGGUAUUCCUACUGCAAAACCAUUGAAAACGAAAAGGAGCAAGCUGUCGACAUCGAGGCCCUCCAAGAGGCUGAGAUCUUCUGUAGCUGCUCCUGACCAGACCUUGGUUGAAGAAGACGAGAACACAAGCACAGCCGCCAGAGAUGACGCAAAGAAUGGAGAGUCGAGAAUGCUGGGUCCAGACUUUGUUGUCGGUAUCAACCCAGUCACUAAUAGAGUCGAGAAGUACAAAGCUCAUGCGGGUGUCCCAGGGCCCCUUAGUGUCGCUCCUCCUGACCUCAUAACAACAGUUAAGGAUAUUAGACAGCUUCCGAGAAAGAUUGAUGUUGAGGAUGAGGCUUUGUAUGCCAAGCUCACGGUUCUGGCUGACGAUUUGACAGUGAAAGAGCUUUGCAAGCCGACGCUUAAGAUUGGUUCUGUGAGUGGCAAUUUCCAUGACGCCGAGCAUGCUAGAGGCAAGUUAGAAAAGGACAAAAAAACACGGCGCAAAGCUCGUAUCAGAGCGAGGGAAAAGCGUAUUAGUUACGAUAAGGCUCUAGAGGAGAUCCAGCAGGAGGACAAUGAACUAAGCAAGAAGCAAAGUGAUAAGGAGAAACCCAAGGAGCAGGAACAACCGACACCUAGCAAUUUAAAGAUGGGAAUCUCUGGAGAUAAAAUUACGCUUGAUGCCGAAUCUAUUGUCAAAUCCAACAAUCAAGCGGCUGAAAAGGGUGAUCGUCAGGUCGAGGUCGACAAUUCAUACUUGAAUCCGAUUACCUCCAACUCCUACACGAAGCUGGCUUACACAGAUGCUUGGACGACAGACGAGCUUGUCCAAUUCUACAAUGCCUUGAGCACGUGGGGUACUGACUUUACGUUUAUUGCUCAGCUCUUUCCUUACAGAAACAGAAGACAAAUCAAGCGGAAGUUCACUCUAGAAGAAAAGAAGCGCCCAGAGCUUGUGGAGUUGGCUCUAAAAAGACAGCUUCCAGCUGACCUCGAUGCAUACUGUGCUGCUGCUGCUGAUGGUAAGAACUUCAAGUCCUUGAAGGAAGUGAAGGAUGAGAUUGAGAAGCUCAGAAAGGACCAUGAGACGCAUUUGAACGAGAUCCAGAGCGAGCGUGAGAGAGCUAUCAAGGAGGACUUGGAGGCCAGUAGAAAGAGAGAGAUGGAGAUCAGAACCGGUUCUAGAAUCAUGACCAGAGCCGAAAGAGAGAGAGAGUUGAGAAAGAACGAGGUCGUUCUUGGUACAGUGGAUGAUUCUAAAAAGCCAACCAGAGCUCUUAAAGGAGAGAAUUAA